CUUCUUGAAACACAUCACAAAAAUACAGUUUUUGGAGAUCAGUGAAGAUGGAAAACAUACAAAAUGUUCUUUCCUUAUUGAGAAGAAAUACACAGAGAAGAGCAUGGUAAACAAAGAAAACUUUCUCAAACAUGUUCGAAGACUCCCUCAUGUCAAGAACAGCAGAACCCUGCAAAACCAUUUAUGGCAUGCAAAUCUCAUCUGGACAGAAACAAAGUAAGUGGGUCAUUGCAGAGUGCUUUGGCUUUUCAAAACCAAACUUUGAGCAAAAAGAUCAUUUCAAAGUUCCUCAAGCUGCUCUGGCUGCAUGUUGGAGCAGCUCAUUUAACCACACAUUUACUGGCAGGACAUUUUGUUCUUUGCCCUUACCUGGACAAACUGGUUUACCAGUCCAUGUGAAUGCAAAUUUUGAAGUGGAUUCCUCUAGAAGGGACUUGUGGAAAGAGGAUGGUGAAAGUCUGAAGACUGAAUGGAACCAGUCACUGAAAGUAAACAUCAUUUCACCACUCUAUGCUGACCUCCUGUUACAUCUUUGUUCAGUCAUGAAGAAAGAUACACCUACAGCUCUUGUAUUCCUCAAGUCAGAGCUAGAGAAAUCUUGCCUUAAUUACUUUCCAUGCAUUUCACAGAAAGUAGACAAAGUCUGGCAUGAGAUGAUUCAUGAGGUCUAUAGAUCAAUCAACCAACGUGACCUUCCUGUCAUACCCACAGUACACGCUGUUCCUGUUGAGUCAUCACAUAUUUUACAAGAUACAAAAAUACAAAAAUACACAGUUACCUGGUGCAGUGCAUCUAAACCACAUUCAGAAAAUUGCCCAUAUUUUACAUCUGAGGGCCAUGAUGGAAUUUUCGAAAUUUUAGAUGACACCGGGAUGAAAUUAGUGCCAUACUCUUGGAAAAUGCAUGAAAUAAAAGAGAAUUUUAAAGCAGCUGGUGUGAAUGUGACAGAAAUCAGUCCUUCAACAGUGAUGAACUUCUUGAAGGAAAGAUCAUUGAAUGAUCCUUCCCAGACCACUGGUAGUUUGCCUUUGCCUAUCAACCAGACCUUGAUCAAAAACAAAAUAAGAUGCUCGAAACUUUUGAACUUCUGCUUGACAAAUGUCAAUGAGAAAAAUAUCCAUGUCCUUAGUGGUUUGCCUCUUCUCCUCACAGAAGAUCAGAUAUUAAGAGUCUUUGACUCUAAAUCCCCAAAGCUGAUAUCAAGAUUUAGCAGUCUUUUCAAAGGACAUCAGGAGAUGUUUGCUGAUAUUGCUGUCAACAAAAAUCAUGUCCAAAUUCUGUGUGAGGGAAAGUUCAUUAAACGCUUAACAAUUGACAUAGCAGCAACGUAUCUGAAACCAGAAAUUGCACAACUACUUAGGCACUCAUUACCUGAUCAGAGGUGUCAGCUCUACAAAGCAGAGAAGGAGACAAUCCAAUGGCUGAAAACAUUAUGGACCUUCUUUGAUGAUCAAGAGAAAAGCUGCAAAAAUGAACAGCUGAAUGUCUUCAGUGAGAUACAAAAGCACUUUGAUGACAGUCCUAUCUUACCAGUCAUCUGCCCCCAUCAAAAUAACACAUGUUUCUUGCAAACAGUGAAGAACAUAUCAAAAGUGAUUCAGUAUGAAAGUGAAAAAAUAGCAUCCAUUCUCAUAAAACUGGGGUUCAUGAAAGUAGACCUUGUCUUUUUCACUGAUCUCAGUCUUGAAUUCCGUCACAAGUAUAUGUAUUCAGGACUCCUGCAAACAGGAGACAGUAGUGCUGUUUUAGGGCAGGUUUAUCAGGUACCUCAUUCACAGUUUGAGGAGCUGUCUAAAGAUGAAUGUAUAGAUCUUCAGGGCUUCUUACAGCGUGGGAUCAGAGAUUCCAGUAACAAGAGCCAGUAUGUGUCGAUAUUCAAGUCCUUGCCCCUGUUUGAGUUAAUAUCUGGAAAACGGGAAAGGAUUGAUUUACACAGCAGGGUAUUCAUUCUGAAUUCUAAGCAUCAGAAUGACUUUCUGAAUUUGUACCAUGUCAAUGGAUGUGACAGUAUCUUCCUCAAGUACACAUGGGUAAACUUAGAAUUGGCAGAAUGUCUACAAAUUCAGAUUCUGAAUGAUUUGGAGUUCUGUGUACAGUUUAUUCUUCCUUCUGUGCACAUGAUGAAAGAGGCCAAACUUCUUGAUUUCAUGCAGUUGUUACUGAAACUUGGACCAGUGGAUCAAAGGAUUGUCUCUGCAUUGAGUGAGGUCAGAUUUAUUCGAGACAUCCAUGGCUCUCUUCAGGUGGCUUCAUACUUCUAUGAUGACAGUGUAUCCUUACAGGUAAUGCUUCCAAAAGACAGAUUUGUGCCUGAAACAUUUUGGGAGAAUUUCAAAGAUAAACGUACAGAAGCAUAUUUGCUCUUAAAGGACCUUGGAUUGAAACAUAAAGUGUCUGAUGAGGAAAUCAUUCAGUUUGCAAAACAAAUUGAAUCUGAAACUAGAGGCAGCACUCCUUUAGAUGUUCUUAAAAAAAGAUCACAACUCCUGUUUAGGACUGUUUUAUCAAAGAGUAAUGACAAAAACUCUAAAUUACUGAACAGAGUUGCUAACAUCAAAUUCAUUUUCCCAGUGCAAAUUCACCAAACACUUUGUGAUUAUCACAAAGCCUUUGCGCAAAAGAGGAAGGCUGUUGCAAUCAGUGGAUCGUUGAUUGACAGAGACAACAAUUACCAUUUUCUCAUAUGGACAUCUAUGCCAAUCCUACCUUCAGAACACUGCUCUCCAUAUCACAUAAAGAAAAUGAAGGAUACUGGAGCCUUGGAGACUCCACCCCCUGCAAAAAUAGCUGCUAAUCUGGAAAACAUCUGUAGGUCACCAUGCCACACAGACAGAUUGUUGGAGACAAGAAAUAUCAUAUUUAGCAAAUCGUACGCCUACCUACAGUCAGUAGAUUUUGAUGUCUCUCUGUUCUCACACCUCCCCAUUAUUUUGGUGGAAAACGGGACAACACUUGUCAAGGCCACACAGACAGCACUUGUGCUACAUCAUGCUCUUGAGUUUAGGCCUUACUUGUACAACAUUCCCUCAAAGUAUAUGAAAUUUGAAGACUUCUUCAAGAAGAUUGGUAUCAAAGAGAGACCUACCAUCAAUCAAUAUAGCAAUGUUCUUCAAGAAAUUUAUUCUGAUAGCUCUGACAAAGACAGUCUUCAGGCAAAUCAGCAGAAAACUGUGAAACGUGUUGUACAACAGCUGUUUUGCUUGUUGAAAAGGGAACAGAACAAAACUCCCUUUUUCCUAAACAACCAACUUUAUCUUCCAUCAACAGAUGGAAAACUAUACAAAUCCAGCACGUUGUUUUUCAAUGACACUGUCUUCCAGGCUGCAAGACUUGAGGGUCCUUUGGAAACCAAGCUGAAACUGCUAGAAAAAUUAAACUGCUGUCAUCUUGGAAAUGAUCACUAUGAACAUCAAACAUUGUUGCAGCUCCUUCCCGAGCAUGUUCGCCCCAAAUUUCUCUUGGAUGUAAUUUCUGAAAACCUGGACGGAACAAGUGUCCAAUAUUGUGAUUAUGAAGGAGAGUGUGAAUUUAGUGGCUGGUUUGAAAAACACUUGUCUUCUGCUGCAUUUCUUCAUGGACUAAUCUGUCUCAUCAGAGAAGAGAGCAAAGGCAGUGUUUCACAUUCUGAAGCUGCAGAAAAGUGUGAAGAAAUUUUUUCAAAGAUUCAAAUUAUCUGUUGCAAAACUCUUCAAACUGAGCUUCUGUUAAAUCAUGAGCCACUUGAGGGUAGUAAGGCUGAAACAGAUGUUUAUGUGAAAAAACAGCAAAAUGGAUGCAGUUUCUACUUGAAACACAAUGAUGACAUGGCCCCCAAAGUAGUAAAUGAAGUUAAUAUGUGUCUUACUAAAGAAAUCAAUGCUCUUCUAAAGAACUGUUUGACCACCUCAAGUCUUCUAGUUCUAGUGCAACUUCUGAACUGUGACAACAUGGAGGAUGUUGAGAAAGCCUUAGCAAAAUAUGGCAUUCAUAACAGUGGCCACAAGAAGGAAGGACACGGUUCCUUACCAAAACCUGGAUGCUGUAUACCUGAAGAAUGGCAUGACUGCCUUGACAUGAAUUUCCUCAACAAUUUUGAAAGUGGAGAGUAUGUUGGCUUCAGCAAGGAUGAAUCCGGUGAAUAUUUCUACGCCAUUGUUAUCGAGCGAGUGGAUGAUUCACUGGGACAAACAAGACAGUUUCCUGCCAGAUAUAAAAUUCAAGUUGGCAGCGAUGACUUCAUUGAAGUAAGCUCUCUUGACCUUUACCAAUUUAAAAGGGAAAAGAAGGCAACUGUGUCAAAAGAGUCCACUUGCACAGAUAUAGAACGUGUUUUGACAUCUGGGCCUCCACCCAAAACAGUCUUUCCUGAGACUUUGGAAGAGAUCAAAAGAGAAAUUGACCAAAACUUAAAUGAAAUCUGGAAGAUGUCAAGUGAGGACAAACAAAAAGCCCUUAAACGUCUCUACCUCCGCUGGCAUCCAGACAAGAACCCAGGCAACGAAACACUUGCUACAGAGGGGUUCAAAUACCUGCAAAAGAGAAUUGAGGAACUACAACAAGGGACUACAACUACAACUACAACUGCACAAGCACAUCCUCAACUGGACAGAGACUUUCGAGAUUUCUAUGACAUGUGGAACACAGAGGCACGAAGUCACAGGAGGGGACGUGAGAGGUUCUAUCAGAACUAUUCUAGAAGGCACUAUAACUUUUGGUCAUACCACAGAGAAACUCCAAGGCCAAACAGAGAGGAGGCAAAACGCUGGUAUGAACAGGCUCAAUGUGACAUCAAAUCAGCUCACAAUGACACUGGAGGAGAAAGCUCAGAGUGGUGUCUGUUUAAAGUGCAUCAGGCUGUGGAAAAAGCCCUGAUUGCAGCAAUAUACAGGGGUGGACACCAUCCCAACAACUGCUCAAUAACUAGCCUUGCUCUACAGGCGUCCCAUUUCAGCUCACAGUUGGCUUCUUUACCGAACACUGUGAGGCAACUGACUGAACUUGGUGUUGAUGGCAAAAAAACUCAAUAUCCAAACUAUCACCAAUUUCCUCACAUUCCAAACAAGCGAUUUGGUGUUGAGAAUGCCAGAAGGGCAUUGGAUAUUGCAACAAAUCUUUUAGAAAAAAUAGAAGAAUACAUCUCUUGAAAUACCUUGAAACUACUGACUAAUGUUCUGUAGAGACGAUCAUUAGAAUCUUUUUUUUUUUUUUUAUUUAUUUGUUUUACUUUUGGUAUCUGUUUAGUACUGCUAACAUGCAAACUGGAAAUUCUUAAAUCUUUUUAAUCAUGUUUUAUUAAUUGUCUAGUUAUCUUUUUGCUUACUAUUAAAUGCAACAUUUAUAUUAUUCCAUACUGGACAUUCUUGUAGCAAACAGUAGAGUGUGAUAUUAGCAAUCCCAAGGUCAUGGGUUCAAUUCCCAGGGACUGAAUGAAAUAAAAUGUUCAUCUAAAUGCAAUGUAAGUUUUGUCUGCAAA